AUGGCAGCUGCCGAGCCCAGCGGGACCAUCACCCGCAUUAAUGAGAAGCACGAUCUUCAAGUUAUCCUGCAAGAGGGCUGUAGUGAACCAAUGGUCCAAGACCUGGCCCAGGUUUUUGCAGAGGCCUCAGGGGUCCCGCUGCCUUUUCAGAAACCCAUAUUUAAGGGAAAAUCUCUGAAGGAAAUGGAGACGCCGGUGUCAGCACCUGGAAUACGAAAUGGUUGCCGGGUCAUGUUACUUGGGAAAAAGAACAGUCCAGAGGAAGAAGUUGAACUAAAGAAGUUGAAAGAUUUGGAGAAGUCUGUGGAGAAGAUAGCUGACCAACUGGAAGAGUGGAAUAAAGAGCUUUCCGGAAUCCAGCAGGGUUUUCUAGCCAAGGAUUUGCAAGCUGAAGCUCUCUGCAAACUCGAUAGGAGAGUAAAAGCCACAAUCGAGCAGUUUAUGAAGAUCUUGGAAGAGAUCGACACACUAAUGCUGCCAGAAAAUUGCAAAGACAGUAGAAUGAAAAGGAAGGAUUUGGUGAAAAGGAUUCAGGCGUUCCCAGCCGAGUGUGACACAGUGGGGCAAAGCGCCCCAGGAGACGGAGCGACUGCAGGCCACAGACUUGGCCCCGGCUGA